AUGCCGGAUGCCGCAUUCCGGUAUGAACAGUCUAGAAUUCGGGAAACUCAUAGUGGAAGAAUUCAAAUUCAGGCAUGGCUUAUAAGGCGCUGCACAGACACUCAUUCUAACACGGACCGAGUAUCUGAAGCUAGAGCUACAAAGGGCAGGUCAACUUGGCUGCGGGUCAAAAGCGUGGUCGAAUUUGCUGGAAUCAAGAGGCUCAUGCAGCAUCUCCUCGUCCAUCCAUUGUUCGAACGCAAACCGGGCUGCUGGCAGGCGGUUGUACAGGAAGAUCUCGAAGAAAUCCGGGGGAAUAUUCUGCAGCAACCGGGGCCGGAACUGCUGCAGGACCGCCUCCAUGGCUUCAAACUGGGUCUUUUUCAGCGUGCG